AUGAAAAGAACAAACAACGGCAUUGCCUACCAAGCCCUGCCACAUCCAAAUCUGAUCACGCCCCAACGACCCGGAAACUCAGUUUUUCAUACAAAGUGUCGUAAAAACGGGUUUCUCCGAAAGUAUUUUGUCAUUCCGGGAAGAUUUCACACUCUCCACCUGAAACUACUUUCCGGAGGUGCAGCUUCAGGUGGAUUAAAUGAAUUAUAA